GCUUUGCACUGUACGCAGAGCGAGAGUACAGCACGUUCAGCGGAUUUGAUUGUACCUGGCUGCGAUAAACACCUGGAUACAGAGGAAGAUAGAGAAGAGUUUCAGAACAACGUUAUGAUGGAUGAUGACGCCACCACGAAGCGCUCUGGGGACUCCCACCUGGAAGUGAUGGAGACUGUGAGGUUGAACCACGAGGGAGAAGAAAAAGAAGAUGCACGCAGAAACAAACAACAACACGCCUCUCGAAUUCCUGCUUUUCACAAAACCUUAGCCAAAAAAACGCCCUACCGCCACCAGCAGCAGUCAAAGCUCAGAUCCACCUGCCCCGUCUAUUACCAGAAAAUAGUCUUCUAGCCAGGCAUCUUCAACAAGCAGCAGUGGGGAGAUGUCAAGAUCAAAAAACUGCCCAGCAUUAGAGAAACAGGUCUCCCUCUUCCUACAGUGCGUCUACAUAAACUCAACCCUCAGACCCUGUCUCAUGCUGUUAGCUCCCCAGAGCAAAGCCCCAGCUCUCUGGAUGUUACUCCAACUGAUGGGGAUGAUCAGGAGCAGCUCCAUCCCAUGACGGCAACCCCUAGACCGGCCCUCAGGGCUGAAGCAGGGGACUAUGAUGACCCAAUUGAGACAUCCCUCACCACCACUGAAACUGCACAGGAGGACACUUGAGGAAGAGUUUGAGGCUGAGGUUAGAAUGGGAUAGUGGCGACAUCUCCUCCGGUCAUGCUGAAAAGGAAUCCCUAGAGAUAGUUGAAGGUGAGGAGGACGAGACCGAUCUGAAUCAGCCUGAUGAUGAUGGUGAUGAUGAUGAUGAGGAAACUCCCUGUGAGGCUGAGGCCAUGGAGAUUGAGUUUCUAUUAGAAGAGGAUGGAUAUGGGUUGGACUCCCCAUUGCGGGAGGAGAAGGAGCUUGAGGAGCCCAGUGUUGAGACUGAGAGCUUCAGUGAAUCUGAGGUUGUUAGUGAGAAUCGAGACAAGUCCGCCAACGAGGAGAAGGUUUCUGAAAAAUGCUCCAAAAACCCAGAGGAUACAACCGACGCUGAUACCUCAGUCCCCUCGCCCAGAGCAGUGCCUCAGAGAACAACUAGAUCCAGUCAGUCGAACAAGACAUCGUGGUGCUGGAGCUUUGCACUAUUCUGCCUUUUCCCCUCCACUCUGCUUGUGAUUGGGGGACUGGGUCAACACGUCUGGCAUUAUGGGAUGCCUCUGUCGUUGUCACAGUUGAUGGGACAGUUGGAGCUGCACUGGCUGGAGGGACUGUGGUUGCAACACGAGCCUUGUAACUCAGAUUGUCGUGUGAGCCUGGUGGAGAGCGUCCCUGAAGGCCUAUUCUACCCACCGGAUUCCUCAUCCCUGCCGAGCAUCUCUGAGACAUGGACUAACCUACUGACCAGGGCCAACCGCUCUGUGGACAUAGCUGCUUUCUACUUCACCCUCCGAGACACUGACCUGGGACUCACAGAGCCUAGUGCUGUACAGGGAAAACAGGUCUUCAAGCAGCUGAUGGAACUUGAAGCAAAAGGAGUGAAACUUCAGAUUGCUGUUAAUGGUCCUCAGACUGAUACUCGAGACACGGCGGAUUUAUCUAGAACAGGUGCAGAGGUACGGGAGGUGGAUCUCCAGUCCGUGACAGGAGGUAUCAUCCACACCAAGCUGUGGGUCGUGGAUCAGAAACACCUCUACCUGGGCAGUGCCAACGUGGACUGGCGGUCCCUCACACAGGUGAAGGAGGUAGGAGUUUCCAUGGAGGACUGCAGCUGCCUGGCACAGGAUGCGUCAAGGAUUUUCGGGGUGUAUUGGAACAUUGGUGCUCAGAAAAAUGGUUCCCUUCCCCCCUUCUGGCCUGCCCGAUACUCUGCCCUCUCCAGCUCCGAGCACCCCUUGAAUCUCAAACUCAAUGGAGUCCCUGCACGAGUAUAUCUCUCUGUGAGUUGGAUCUUCUAGCUUAAUGCAUCCCAAAUGGUACCAUAUUCCCUACAUAGUGCACUACUUUUGACCAGAGCCCUAUGGGAGGAAGUGGUGUCAUUUGGGACACAAUCUUUGACUACCUAACCCCUUCCACUCAUAUUUUGCAUAAUGCUACUGAUAGUUUUUUUUUUUUUUUACUAAUAGAUUACGCUAACGGUGAUUAACCAUGGUUACAUCCCUAUAUAUAGGGCACUACUUUUGACCAGAGAAAAUAGUGCACUACGUAGGGAAUAGGGUGUGUGCCAUUUGGGACGCAUGCCCAUAUUAGUUUUUAGAUAAUUGUUUUGGCAUAUACUUUCACUGGCGCUCAGUAUGCUGCCUAUCACAAGAGCAUGCACUCUGUUACAUGACAGCAUUUGACUGUAUAUAUUUACAAUUUUUGGUGUAUACAUAUUUUCUACUUGAGAUAUUUGCUGUAGCUUUUUUUUCUUCUGAAUGGAAGUGUCAAUAUUGAAUGAAUCUUGAAGCUCUGUUUUUUUUAUCAAUUUCCUUUGCUUUGACUGACUGACACUGUCAGUGACUCGAGGCAUGUGUUGUCUAUAUGGGAAAAGACUGUUGACCUGUUAGUGUCAUGCCUGGUGCAUUUUGUGUUAUGUCAUUUGUUGAUACUGUUUACA